UUCCUAGAUAAGGCGAAUGGCUAUAAUAUCAAAAGUGUUUGUAUAUAGUCAAAGUAUCCUGCUGUUCUCUUUCUAGCCGCCUCAAGGCGGUGGGCGGAGAAUCGAGCUUACUCCAUUGGGCACACGAAGCUCUCUCCCGCCGUCGGGAGCUUCAGGCCAGGCAGCUUCUCGCACGCGUCCAACACCUCAGCUCAUCACUGCGGCACCGAACCUCUUGGGCCACCUCUCUCUUCCACGAUCUAACAUCAUACUUGAAGAAUACCCCAUUCUGAUAUAUCUUUUCCGUCUUUCUUCCUUUAGUGGUCCAAUUUGCCGUCGCCACCAUGUCCGGAAGCGCAGGUUACGACAGGCAUAUUACAAUCUUCUCCGACCAAGGCCGUCUGUACCAAGUUGAAUAUGCCUUCAAGGCUAUCACCGCUGCAAAUAUCACAUCUGUCGGGGUGAGAGGGAAGAACUGUGCCGUGGUCCUGUCUCAGAAGAAGGUCCCUGACAAGUUGAUCGAUCCUGCUUCUGUGUCGCAUAUCUUCAAGAUUUCUCCAUCAGUUGGAUGUGUCAUGACCGGAUCCAUAGCAGAUGCCAGAGCACAGGUCAACCGAGCCCGUGGUGAGGCCGCGGAGUUUCGAUACAAGUACGGAUAUGAGAUGCCCUGCGAUGUCCUCUCCAAGCGACUUGCCAAUAUCAACCAAGUCUACACACAAAGAGCUUACAUGCGCCCACUGGGAGUUGCCAUGACCCUUAUUUCGGUGGAUUCGGAAUUCGGUCCACAGCUGUACAAGUGCGAUCCAGCUGGAUACUACGUAGGCUACAAAGCAACUGCCUCGGGGCCUAAGCAGCAAGAGGCUCUCAACUUCCUGGAAAAGAAGCUGAAGAACAAGGACUACGCGGAAGGUAGCUGGCAGGAUGUGGUGGAGCUGGGUAUCACGACCUUGAGUAACGUCCUCAGCGUCGAUUUCAAGAAAGGCGAGCUGGAGAUCGGGAUUGUUGGAGGCCCUCGCACCGAUGGCCAGGAAGGGACGAGUACGGAGUUCCGGGCACUAACAGAGGAUGAGAUUGACGAGCGGUUGCAAGCUAUCAGUGAAAAGGACUAG